GUUACGGCCAAUGAAUGCACCCGGACAAACUCCCACGGGUACUCGUACAGAGGAAGGAGGCGACCAAGCGCCGCAGCGCGAAGGCGAAGGCGGCGAACAAAACGAUGAACAAAGACCGACUGGGUUGGAGAGUUGUGUUGAUUUGAUUGCAGCAUAUUCCAACUCCUCGGUGCACUGACGGGGGCGCCAAUGACGAGCGGAUUUGUUGGCAAUCCCAACGAUUAUGUAUUCUCGCAGAAUGCACUAGACAACAUUAUCACACAAUUGAUGGAACAAACAGCAGGUCGAUCCGCUCCCCCACCUGCAUCCGAUGAAGUCAUUGAAUCCCUAAAAAAGCGCAGUUUGACUGAAGAGGAGAUAGGUCGACAGGCAGAUUGCGCAGUGUGUAAAGAUGAGUUUGCCAAAGUGGAGCAAGUAAUCGAGUUACCCUGCCAACACAUAUUCCAUGAAGAUUGUAUCAAACCGUGGUUGAAAAUGAAUGGCACCUGUCCUGUAUGCCGCCACGCCGUGGAUCCUAACGCCGCUUCACCCAACCCAGAUACCUCCGGAAAUGAUGGCACCGAAAACAACAACAAUAACGAGAACGGUCCUCAUCCAUCCUCUCACUCUCCGUCUCAGCCUCGAGCCUCCUCGGAUCAGCCAACUAGACCUCCCUCUUCUGAAACGACGGCACCGACAACGACAACUCAGCCGUCAGAAGACCAGCAGCAAGGGUCAGCCCAUCAGUCACAACCAUCUUCUCGUCCAGAGUCAUCGUCGCAGGAAGGACAGGGUCCUACCACCCAUUCCUCAUCGCCUAUGAAUGCAGAUACGAACUCAACCGCAGCAAACAAUGGCAACAGCAGCAACGUCAACUCACCUGCUUCUACCAUGUCGUGGUUCAGUGGCGGAAGACAAGAACGACCAUCGACCAUGUCCCCUUCAGCAUGGCCUACCAGUAUCCCUGGCGCAUUCACAUGGGGACCGGGCGGACAAUCGCGCAUGAGUCCCGCAAGACGACAAGAGCAAGAUCAAUCACAACGCAAUACAGACAGUGAUACCGACAUGAUGGAUUUAGACUUGGAUUAAUCGAACCUGUUCCGCCAAAAAGAAAACCAAAAAAGAUUUAAGAGAAAAAAAAAAA